CCUCGUGUGCCGUCACUUCCUGGAGUGCGGCGCGGGGAUCCUGGGUUGGCGGCUGGGCAGAGGCAGGCCGAGUCGCGGAGCUGCUGCUGUCUGGGCGGCCGAACACGUGAGACCACUCGGCUGUGUGGGUGGAGACUGAGAGCUGCGGGAAAAGGGGGUCGGAUUAAAACCUUCACUGGAAACGCGCUGGAACUGGACGGCGGCGUGGGCUCAGAUAGCAGAUUCCCAAGAAGAAAAUAAUGGAUUGCACAUCAGUUGUUCUCUAAGUGUUUCAACACAGCAGUGUGCAGGCUUGUUGCAAAGUCCCAAAGAAGAUGGCAACCCCUUACGUCCCAGUUCCUAUGCCCAUAGGGAACUCUUCUUCCAGCUUUACAGCCAACAGAAACCAAAGAAGUUCUUCUUUUGGGAGUAUUUCAACAAGCUCAAACUCUUCAAGAGGCCAGUUAGAAGACUCAAAUAUGGGAAACUUGAAACAAACAAGUGUGCCUGAUCAAAUGGAUAGCAGUCCCCUCAUCAGAACUAAAUUUACAAAUGCAAAUUCUUCCAUUGAGUAUUCUACUAGACCAAGAGAAAGUGAAGAACAAAAUCCUGAAACAGUGAAUUUGGAAGAUAGACCUUCUACACCUACUAUUCUAGGUUAUGAAGUGAUGGAAGAAAGAGCUAAAUUUACUGUAUAUAAAAUUCUAGUAAAGAAAAAUCCAGAAGAAAGUUGGGUAGUUUUCAGAAGAUACACUGACUUCUCUAGGCUUAAUGAUAAAUUAAAAGAGAUGUUUCCAGGCUUUCGAUUAGCACUUCCACCAAAACGCUGGUUUAAAGAUAACUACAAUGCUGACUUUUUAGAAGAUAGACAAUUAGGAUUACAAGCAUUUCUUCAAAAUUUAGUAGCUCACAAGGACAUUGCUCACUGCCUGGCAGUGAGAGAAUUUCUUUGUCUGGAUGAUCCACCAGGUCCAUUUGAUAGCCUAGAAGAAAGCAGGGCUUUCUGUGAAACUUUAGAGGAGACAAACUACCGUUUUCAGAAAGAAUUACUUGAAAAACAAAAAGAGGUGGAAUCACUGAAGAAACUGCUCAGUGAGAAGCAACUGCAUAUAGAGAUGCUAGAGAACAGGAUCAGAGUAUUGUGUUUAGAACCUGAGAAGUCACUGCAUUUGUCGAGUAUAGAACGUGAACAGAUUCCAAAGGUGGACUCCCCUGUACUUCAAGUUGAUCAAGAAGUCUUGGAUGAAGAAUCCAGAGCUGAUGACAAGUCAUGCUUAAGUUUUAGUGAACCUGAAAAUUCUGUGUCAGAGGUAGAAGUAGCAGAAGUGGCUUAUAAUGCUGAAGAAGACUAAUCAGUCAUAGCCGUUCCCUCUCUUUCUACGUCUCAGCAGCGUUAGACAGAACGUUUAUUGAAAAUAGCAAGAACACAAAUGUAUAAGGUUUACAUAAACAAAAGUUUUUUAAAUUAUGGGGAUAAAAAAUAUAUUCACCAAUGCUUUAAAUUGUCUUUUAUUCCACCUUUGGAUUUAAUACACUAAAAAAAAAUCUAGUUAGAAUUCUGUUAUCAAGACCUACAUUCUUCAACACUGUGCAUAAAUUAUUUUGGUUUUUUGUCUGUAUAUUGCUCCAAACCACCAAUGUGUGUUUAUAUUACCAGUUGCAUUAGUCAAAUUGACAUUUAUUGCAUGUUGCUUGCUGUCUGGUUGAGAUAUACUUCUUUGUAUCUCUGACAAGAUUUAGUUGGUAAAGAACUAAGUUUUAAAUAUUGAAAUGUUUACCAUCUCUAAAAACUGCUUAUUUAGAAUGUUACUAUUUAAAAAUAGAAAACUUUCUAGUACCAAAGGAAAACUAUUUGAAAGAGCUGUAAUAAUAUAGCUAAAGUGCUAAAAUAGCCUUGAUUUUGAAAGUUAAUUAAUUAAUAUCAAACUACUCUAAGUGUCCCGGUUUAUUGUUAUUCUUGUUUAUUUUUCACAUAAUUUUUAUCUUAAAUCUCUAUCUAUAGAAUCAUUGAGUUUGCCUCUUUGAGAACACUACCUCUUUUUGCUAAUCAAGGCAUACUCUUUUGAAAAUAUGUUAUGGAUUCUAAGCAAAUAAGGAGUUAUUCAAAAAAAUACAAAUAAAAAGCCAUAUAUAUACUACAAAGUUCCUAACUAUGUUGACUCCUGGCAUUGCAUGUCUACAUGUGUAAAUAUGUUACUAUAUUCUAUUCUUGGCGAUUUUCUGUUUAAUAUAUUUAGCCAAGUGAUGCACUUUAUGGUAAUUAAACUCUUUUGUGCCAAGUUGAAUUGGUGAAUUUCUUUAGUGAGUAGAGUUAGGGCCUUCAGUACUUCACCUUUUCCAAAAGUCUCCUGGGGUCUGUGUCAGCUUUAUGAAAAAGUGUUCAUUUCUGUUCUGUGUACAGUUGUCAAAAGUGCCUUGUUUCAUUUUUAUAGUAUGAAGUUAUUCAUUUUCUAUUUCUACUGUUUUGCGUAUUGCUCUUAGUAAGCAUUGUAAUCAUGCUAGCAUUUUGAGGUCCUAGUUGGUGUAUUGAACUCCAUAUACUCUCUAAAAACUGAGGGGAACUUGCUGGGGAAAUAAAAUAAUAAGCUCCAUUUUUUUUUCUUCACUAUCUAAAAGUGUGUUAGUAUCUUGAUGAAUGUAUUAAGAUGUCAUUAUUUAAAAUUCUACUCACAUAGGUUAUCAGAUCCAAUGGCUGCUUUUCACCUUUGAUCUAAAAAGGAGACUGCUUUUUAUUAAAAUACCAAAAAUUUUGAAAGGCUAUAUCAAAAUGCCCCAGGUAUGUGCUGUCUCAGAAUAUUUUCCACAAAGAGUACCAGAAAUGUGUUUACUAGCCUGGGAGACAGAAAGAACAUAACACACUGGUCUACUUGUAUCUUUCAAAAUAUUAUUUUAGGUUUAAAAAGAACAAUCAUUUAAGUUAAUAUAAUUUUUAAUCUAAUAAAACAUGAUGAUCUAUGCUAAAUUCCAGAUAUUAUAACACUAUAUGUCUGUUUUAAAGUAAACCAUACUCUCAAAAUCUGGUCUUUCAUAAGAUUGUAUUAAUGUUUGGGAUGAGUAAAGAAAAACUUUUGUUAAUUAGGUAAGCCACUAUUAUUUUGUAUUUAGAAUUUACUUUUUUACUUUUAUAAUGCAUUUUAUUC